CGGGGGACCGCGCGGAGCCCCCCUGCUCCGGCCGCGCUGUGGUUCGUCCCAGCCGUCCCUGGAGGGACAGGGAAGAGGGACGGGGACGGCUGAGGGGGCGAGAGCGGGGAGACCCCCGGGAGCGGGGCCGAGGGAGGAAACCCUCGGCAACGGGGUCUGCGAGGGGCACCAGGAGCAGGGGAGACCCCCGCGGUCUUGCAUGGGGCUCCCCUUGGAGAGGGGUGAAGAGUUCAUAGGGGGUUGUGGCCCGGGCUCGCACCGCCACACCUGGGCCAGGUGGGUGCCAGGAGAGACGAGAAGCUGAAGGGGCCAGGGCUUGAGUAACCUGGGGAUCUCCAGCAUCCGGAGAGGGCAAAGUGAGGGGCCCUGGCUGCCCCCCCGCAGGUGCGUGCCGGGAUGAGCUCCCCUGGCGGGGCCAGCAGCGCCUUCCCCCUGCACGUCCUGGUGUGGAAUAACGACUACAGGCGGCUGGACGAGGAGCUGCAGGACCAGGAUGUUGACCAGCGGGACCCACGAGGCCGGACCUUGCUGCACUUGGCUGUUUCCUUGGGUUACAUAGAAUCUGCCAAGGUCCUCCUGCAGCACAAGGCUGAUGUGACCAAGGAGAACGCGCAGGGAUGGACGGUUUUGCAUGAGGCUGUCAGCACAGGGGAUCCAGAGAUGGUGCAGCUGAUCCUGCAGCAUCGGGACUACCAGCAGACCUCCAUGACCCUCGGAGGAGUUCCUGAGUUACUGCAGAAAAUUAACGAGACUCCUGACUUCUAUGUGGAAAUGAAAUGGGAGUUCACCAGCUGGGUGCCCCUGGUUUCCAGGGUGUGCCCGAGCGACGUGUGCCGCAUCUGGAAGAGCCGGGCCAAGCUGCGUGUCGACAUCACCUUGCUGGGCUUUGAGAACAUGAGCUGGGAGAGGGGCAGGAGGACUGUCAUCUUCAAGGGAGAAGACACUGGUGGCUGGGCAGAGCUCAUUGAGAUCAACCACGAUGACAAGUUGGUCACGACAGAGAGGUUUGAGAUCUCCCAGCACAUGAAACGUUUGACGUUGGGAUCGAUGACGCCCAAGAGGAAAGAUGUGGAGAGGCGCCUUACAACUCCAAUCAUCAGCACGUGCCUUGACACCAAAAACAUUGCUUUUGAGAGAACCACGUCUGGAUUCUGGGUGUGGAGGACAGAAAAAUCAGAAGGUGUCAAUGGUUAUGAAGCCAAGGUCUACAUGGCAAACAACGUGAACGUGAUCACACGGAUCAGAACAGAACAUUUAACAGAAGAGGAGAAGAGGAGAUAUAAAGCUGACAGGAACCCUCUGGAAUCAUUCCUGGGGACAGUGGAGCAUGAAUGUGGUGCUCAGAGUACAUCCAGGACAACAGAGUAUGCUGCAACCAACAAUCCCACUGCUAUUACUCUGGAGGAAUACUUCAACCCAGAAUUUGAUUUGAAAGGCAGAGACAUAGGAAGACCAAAGGAAGUCACAGUUAGAACACAAAAAUUUAAAGCAACCUUGUGGAUGAGUGAAGAGUUCCCCUUGUCUCUUAUGGAACAAGUCACUCCAAUCAUUGACCUGAUGGCCAGAACCAGUGCUCAUUUUGCCAGACUUAAGGAUUUCAUCACUCUGGAAUUUCCACCAGGAUUUCCUGUCAAAAUCGAAAUUCCCCUGUUUCACGUGCUGAAUGCCCGAAUUACUUUUGAAAAUGUCAACAGCUGCAGGACAGCUGAGAGAACAUCUGGAGCUGCACAGAGUGAUGCAGGUGCUAAUUUUGAGGUUGACCAGUCAGUGUUUGAGAUCCCCAAAUCCUACCAUGUCCAGGAUGAUGGCAGGAACAUCCAUGUGCAGGAUGAAGACAAUGAGAUCAUGCAGUUUGCCAUCCAGCAGAGCUUGUUGGAGUCUGGUCCAAAUAAAGAAUUGGGGGUGCUUUCCAACGGAGCAGUUUCCUAUUCCUCAGACUUCAAUAUGCAGUAUCAGAGGGCACUGCAGGAGAGCUUUCUGACAGGGAUCAGAUCAGGGAACUCCCACAGCAGCAGCUCCAGUGAAACUUCCAGCUUUGAGAAAGACUUGCAGCUUGCCAUGGAAUUGUCUGUGAGGGAGCAGGAGGAGCAGGAGAAGCAGCGUCGGGAAAAGGAAGAUGCAGAGCUUCAGCAAGUUUUACAGCUCUCUCUUGUGGAAAAAUAACUCCUAAGUGACCUCCUGAAGCAAGGAUGACCAAAUCUGUGUAAAACUGGAGGUUUUCAGAGCUGUCAGUCUGAAUACCACUCCUGGAUUGCUUAAGGAAACAUUUCACUUGCCUUCUACGUUGGCAUCAGCUGCAAAAACCUGAUUUAUUUUUGUUUGGGGGAGUUCUAGAUCACGGGACUCCACAUUUGGCUCCCCAACCAUGCAGUCUUAGCUUUGAAGGAAACGUUUUUAUCUAAACUUAUUUAUUGGAGAGCAGAUGGAAAUUUUGCUUUGCAUCAGGAUGUAGGAUUGCAGUAAAGCUUGAAAGCCUGA